AUGAUUGUCCACCACUUGAGACUGCUGCCAGUCCUACAAGCGUUCGUUCAUCUUUCGUCACUCUGCUGCGUGGAUGCUUCCAAGACGACUUGCAAAUCCACUCCGAAUGAUGCAUCUUGGCCUAGCAUCUCCGAAUGGAAUCAUCUCAACGAGAGUCUAUCGGGGCGUUUGUUACAUCCGCUGCCGCCAGCACAGGCCUGUCAUUCCUCUGACCCUGAAUCCAACACCUCUUGCGCAGACAUACAAAAAUCAUGGAGCUCGUUCGCUUUCCAUCAGGACGAUCCUGUUAGUACGGCGUGGAACAAUAUGAACAACGACUCCUGUCUGCCAACAGCAGAUGCUCCGUGCAGUGGGCUGGGAUAUCCAGUUUAUGUUGUGAAUGCAACGACUGCAGACCAUAUCAAGCAAGCCAUUGACUUUGCUAGAAAGUAUAAUGUGAGACUGAACAUCAAAGCAUCAGGACAUGACUAUCUGAAGCGAUCUACGGCACCCCAUUCUCUAUCCAUUUGGACAAGACAUAUGUUCGGAGGAUAUGAAUUACACAGCGAGUUCAAGCCAAAGGGCUGCAAAACUACGAUUAAAACAACGGCCGUGACUGCGGGGGCCGCAUCGUAUGUCAGUGAUAUAUACUCUCACUUGGACCAAUACAACCUGACCAUCGUUGAUGGAAUGGGGCCAGAAGUCACCAUGGGCGGGUACCUCACUGGUGGAGGCCACAGCCCCAUAUCAAACAUAUUCGGGCUCGGAUCGGAUCAGGUUUAUGAGGUGGAGAUGGUAACCCCCAAGGGAGAAAUAAUCACGGCGAACGAGUGUCAGAAUACCGACAUAUUUUGGGCAGUUCGAGGUGGCGGCGGGGGUACUUUUGGAGUCUUGACCAAGGUGACUGUUCGAACGGUCCCAUCCAAGCCCAUGGCGGUAUACGACUUUACCAUCGAGACAACACCAAACUCAAAGGCCUAUUGGGAGAGUGUAGCUUAUAUGAUAGCACAAUAUCCCACUCUAGCCAACUCGAGUGUCGCGGCAUUUACGUACCUGUACCCCAAUACCAGCGCCGCAGGGCUCGGAGGGGAUAUGGCAACCUUCGAAGCAGUCUUCGCCAUAUACGAUCCCCCAUCAUCUACUACAUUGGAUAACUUGCUUGAGCCCUAUGUUCAACAGAUUAAAAAGGAUUUUCCUAGUCAGAUAACGACGAAGGUAUCCUCAACCGUCUUUCCCAACUUUCACAGUAUGUUCCUCGAAUAUGCAGAUGAUAAGGGGGCAGGUGUGGACAAGGUGGUCGGAUCAUGGCUUCUGCCGCCGGAUACACUGAAAGAAGAUGCCUUUAGCGAUGCUCUAGUUGACUUUCUGGGGCCCGCUGGCGGAAGGCUAUACAUGGUCUCUGGAACAGGCGUUUGGGAUGCCAAACCAAGGGGUGGCGGUAAUGCCAUCAACCCUGCAUGGAGAAAAGCUCUGGUUCACGCAGUCACUUCCCAAGAGUGGUCGCCGCUCGAUGAGAUUAAGCGAAGCGCUGUUGAAUCUAGUAUUAACCAUGUCCAAGUCGAAGCUUUUCGCAAAUUGGCUCCAGAUUCGGGAGCUUAUCUCAAUGAGGCUUACUGGAAUGAGCCCAAUUUCCAGAAAGCUUUCUGGGGCUCCAAUUAUGAGAGAUUGAGCGAGAUCAAAAAGGCUAUUGAUCCUGAAAAUGUAUUUUGGUGCCAUACUUGCGUUGGUAAUGAGGGCCUCAAGGAAGUUGGAACCUAUCUAUGCCAAGUAUAA